AUGCCCAAGUUCUCUCCAGCUGAAACCCAGCUGCCGACAGAAGAGCUUGACAAACUGGCGGGUCCGAAGCUCGUCAGCUGGUACAAGCGGAUGUUGAGCCAGCCAUCCUUCGCCAAAGUGCAGCAGGAGAUCAGCGAUGCUCUGUCGAAGUGGGACGAGAACAAUCGAUGGGCUGGAAUCUUGCACGCCGGAAAACGUGACGAAGCUGAACAAACGAUCUUUGACAAGAUUGUAGCUAAGAGCAUUCCUUCUCAGGUUGUGUUUGAAGAUGACAAAGUGUUGGUCUUCAAAGAUAUCAACCCGCAAGCUCCCACCCAUCUCCUCGUGAUUCCCAAGAGGCGGGAGACGCUCUCCCAGCUCAGGUUCGCCACAGCCGAGCACGAAGGCAUCCUCGGCCACAUGCUCGCGGUCGUCGCCAAGGUGGCGUCGGAGGAGGGACUGGGCGACUACCGGCUGGUGGUCAACGACGGGCGAGGGGCCGGCCAGGAAGUUUUUCACUUGCACAUGCACGUGCUGGCUGGACGGCCGUUGACGUGGCCGCCUGGAUGA